GCGCAUGCCAGGCCCAUUCUUGCCAGGAGACCAGCAACUUGUCACUGCCGGUCUGGGAAUCAUCUCGCAAGAUGUAUGCUCGUUACAUCCCUCCUCCCAAGGCGUCCUCGUCUCAGCCAAAGCCACGAGCUCCGUCCCCUCCUCCGUCAGAGGCGGACUCGCAUACGUCUGCGGCGAUCCCUUACUCCAGAUAUGUUCCUCCUCAACGAAAACAGGCGAGUGCACUCACCACAACUGCGCCGACGGCCCAGAGGUCUAUUCCAACCUCGAGGACACAUUUGAACGCUGCGGCCAUCCCGCCUCCAGAAGCUCUACCUCCCAAGAUUGUGUUCAACUACGACGACGACGACGAGGACGAGCCGUCGCCUCCCAAGAAGCGGAAGAUCGACAGCCCAGAGCCAGUCGUCGAGCCGGUUGCCGAACCGCAAGAGAAGAAGCCAAAGAAGGAAAAGAAGGACAAGGAAAAGAAGAAGAGCAAGAAGAAGGAGGAAACCAAGCUGGACGACGGCGACGAGGGGGAGAGUUCUGAGAAGAAAGAAAAGAAGAAGAAGCAGCGCAACGAGCAGCCCUUCUCAUUUGGGUUCGACGACAGCAAUGCUGCUGCGCCUGAUGACAGCCACAAAGAAGCGCCAGUCAGCACCGGGGAGGAAGCUGUAAAACCAAAGGACAAGAAGAGGAAGAAGCAUAAAACCGCGGUCGAAGACGAAACACCACAGGCUCAGACGAGCGACGACAAGUCGGAGGCCACAGACAGCAAGAAGAAGAAAAAGAGGAGAGGAGACGAUGAGGUUGCGGCAGGACACAAGGCAGUCCUCGAGAGGGCCGCCAAAGAGCUGAAGAAAGGUGCCGAGCAGCCCAAACCAGAGGACGCCUCGGACGACGAAGGCGUGGAAGCGGUCGAGGCAUAUGGACUCGAGCCCCUACCCCAACCGAAACCGGUGAAGGAAGACGCAGCCAAGCCGAGCUACGAGACGUUGCCAUCUUGGAUAGCCAACCCGAUACAAGUAACACCCGCCUCCACGUCGCAUUUUACAGAUCUGGGCAUAGCCGAGGAGGCUGCUACGAGGCUUCAGGGCAAGGGUUUCAAAGAAGCCUUUGCCGUCCAGACCGCAGUCAUACCACUUCUCCUGCCAUCUGCGGAUCGUCAAGGUGACGUGGUCGUAUCAGCUGCCACGGGUUCGGGGAAGACUUUGGCAUACGCCCUACCGAUGGUACGAGAUAUCAGCCAAAGCAGCAACAUCACCCGGAUUCGGGGCCUUAUCGUGGUGCCCACCCGUGAACUAGUCAUGCAGGCAGAGGAAGUCUGCAAUGCCUGCUCGGCCAUUUUCGCUGGACGAGGGAGGAAACCAGUCAAAAUCGGCAUCUCUAUGGGCAACAAGCAGUUCGAACAGGAACAAGCCGAUCUCGUCGAGGAGGAUGAGCGAUACGACCCCGAAGGUUACCACAAGUACUUGGAAAGAAAAUCAGAAGAGGGCUCAUGGCUCGAGGAUCUGACAAAUCCACGAGGCCCCCCACGCGAACCUCUUCCCGACCAUGUCAUUGACCAUAGCUCCAAGGUCGACAUUCUCAUAUGCACCCCUGGUCGUCUUGUCGACCACAUCAAGCGCACGCCAGGCUUUACGCUCGACUACGUGCGCUGGCUCGUUGUCGACGAAGCGGACAAGCUCCUCGCGCAGACGUACCAGGACUGGAUCUCCACCGUGAUGCCUCUGCUUGGCAAAUCGGAGAAGCCCGGGGCCAGGGAGUUUUCCGACUCGAACAAAUGCGGCGUGCGCAAGGUCAUCCUCAGCGCGACCAUGACCAGAGACCUGACGCUGCUCAACGGGCUGAAGCUGUACCGGCCGAAGCUUGUCGUGCUCAGCGACGCGGCCGCCCACAGCCAGGUGGAACAUGUCCUGCCGUCGCAGCUCGAGGAGACCGCCAUCAAGACCCGAAACGUCGAUCUGAAGCCGCUAUAUCUGGUCGACCUGCUCAACAGCGAGCACUUGGCUCCUGUGGCCGCCAGCGAUGCCGACGAUGUCGAGAUGAAGGACGCAGAUGCAGACGCCGCGUCCGCCGCUGGGUCCGACUCGGACGCCUCGGCCUCGGACUCGGACUCAGACGACACCAGCAGCGGCGACGACGACUCGUCCGACGCCGAGUCCACCACCUCCCCCUCCCACGGCCGCGGCACCAAGCCCAAUCCCAAGCACCCCGCCACCAAGCCCUUCACGACCACAGUCCUGAUCUUCGCCAACUCAAACGAGGCGGCGGUCCGCCUCGCGCGCCUGCUGGCCCUGCUGUCGCCGCACCUCGCCCCGCUCAUCGGCACGCUGACCUCGACGACGCGCACCUCGGAGCGCCGCAGGACGCUGCACGCCUUCGCGGCGCGGCGGCUGCGCAUCCUGGUGGCGUCGAGCCUCGUCGAGCGCGGCAUCCACCUCGCGAGCCUCGACCACGUCGUCAGCUACGACAUGCCCAAGUCGGUGCAGUCGUACGUGCACCGCGUGGGCCGCACGGCGCGCGCGGGCCGGCCCGGCCACGCCUGGACGCUGUUUACCAAGCCCGAGGCGGGCUGGUUCUGGACUGCCAUCGCUGGGAAGGGGUCGGGCGGCAGCGGCGGCAGGGCUGGUGCCGCGGCCGCGGCUGCUGUGCAGGCUGGUGAGAUCCGCAGGGGCAAGGCGGUGGGCGAGGUUAGGAUCAGUGACCGGUGGGAUGAGGGCCGGCUGGAGGAGUUUAGCAAGGCGCUGGAGGACCUGAGUGAGCUGCGCAAGGAGUCUAAGAAGAAGAAGGGGUCCAAGCGUGUUGCUUAGGUCAUGCUGUGCCUGGUCUUGGAUACGGGAUGUGGGCCCUAUAGAAUCAGCAUUAGUUACAGGAUGGUGUCUACCUCGAGAAGUACUGGGGAGAUCAACUUUCAGAUAUUGGCACCGAUGGAUAUUGGCCGAACUGAACAACUCCACCGCUAUCCAAUCAAAAUAAUUUGUCAAUGGAACUGAGCUGAUACUGAGCUUCCCUGGAAA